CAUUUUGUGUAACCAUGUACAGCUUCAAUUUGAUUAACUGAAUGGUGGAAUUGCGUUUUUCCUGGUUGCAUAUUUCUCUUAUAUGUUUCUGAUUCCAUCUUUUGGUGUUCGCCAUCAUUUUUACUUUGAUCUUAUGCUUGAUUUUCUUUAUCCAGAAGGUUGUAGGGGCUGAUAAAUUUUUUCCAAAGAGAUGGGCGACAAAGAAACCCCACAAAUUACCAAAAGAACAACCAGAUCCUCCUCUUCCACAGCACAUUCAAAUAGUACCACUGAAACGAGAAAAACGAGUGAUCUCCACAUCCUAUCAACAAGCGAUUAUCCAGUAAUUGGGGAAGAGCCCACAAACUUGGAUACUCUACUCUCUUGUUUUCCUGGCAGACAACUUCAGAUUCGAGAGCUUUUGCACUUGAUUGGUCCCCUGAAUUGCCCCAUGCUUCCUCUUUUUCUUUAUGGUGGUGCUUCUACUGGGAAAACAAGUAUCAUUGUUCAAAUUUUCAGACAUCUCAGACGCCCGUUUGUUUAUACAAGCUGUCGUACUUGCUACAGUCCACGUAUCCUGUUUGAAUCUACACUAAAUCAGUUGUUACUUCAUAGGAGGAAUAUAGAAAAUAGUUAUUCUAGUGCAAAACGCUGUGAAAGACCUGCUGAUUUUGUUAAUUUUCUCCAUGAAGCAUUGACUGAUUUCAUAAAUAAUCUCAAGGGUUAUGUGAGAAAAUCAAGUUCAAAAGAGCCGGUAGAACAAGGAGGUGGAAGAAUGGUAUACUUGAUAUUUGAUAACGUGGAGCUUAUUCGGGAGUGGGACAAGAAUUCUGGUAUAAUUUCUUUGCUGUUCAAGCUCCAUGAUAUCCUGAAGUUGCCUGAUGUGGGUCUGAUUUUCAUCAGCAAUACAUCACCAGACACGUAUUAUUCAAUUACUGGCUGUGUGGAUCCUAUUCCUGUCCAUUUUCCAGAUUACAAAGAGGAUGAUCUUUCUGAGAUCUUUAUGAGAAACCAGAAGAAUCAAAAGCUCUAUGCUUCUUUUCUUGACAGUGUGGUUCUAAGUCCUUUCUGUAGAAUUACUAAACGGGUCGAUGAGUUAUCUACUGCUUUUCAACCAUUGUUUGAAAAAUAUUGUGAACCUAUAAGUGAUUCGGGGAUUGUUCCAAAUGAAGAAACGAAGAGAAGGCUGUUCAGUCACCUUCGACCACACAUAGCUUCUGCUCUUAAUGAGGCUUUUAAGGUUUCAUCUGUGUCUUCUGGUAGAGUUGAAGCCAACAAGGAUAAACCCCGAAGAAAAGGCAGUAUCACAAAAUGUGGAACUGGGGAAGCUUCUGAUGAGUUAGAUCUCCAUCUGUCUAUCUCAGCCAAGUAUCUACUUAUUUCUGCUUUUCUUGCUUCAAGAAAUCCGGCUACCCUUGAUGCAGCCCUAUUUGAUUCAAGAGGGGGUUCAGAUGGUAGAAAGCGCAGGAGAAAGAGUUCUGAAACCGCAAUGGAGCGUAAGGAAACUGCAGAGAAAGAGUUGCUCAUGAAAGGACCAGGAUCUUUCCCACUGGAAAGGUUGCUAGCAAUAUUUCAAUGUCUCAUAUCAGUGGCAGAAGGUCCGCUUGAAGAAGAGCAGCAAGAUGCUGGUCAGCUGGAGUCAGAUGAUGGUGAGAGGGGGCUCAUGUCUGAUGUUCUAUUGCAGCUCUCCACACUCUGCAAUGCUAAUUUUAUCACCAAAGGAGGGACCUGCCCAUUAGAAGGAUCCACUAGGUACCGUUGUAAUAUGGCUGAAGAGAUGGCUUUAAAGGUCGCGAGGAGCUUGAAAUUCCCUCUAUCCAAGUAUUUAUAUAGAAGAUGACCUGUGAAGCGGGUAUGCACUUCUGAUAUGAUUUCUCGUUUCAAGACCUACUCUAGGAAAUCUAUAAAGAAAUGACUAUAUGCUGCAUCAAUCAUUGCUUAUGGAAAUGAAUAUGUCCACCACUCUUGAUGGUGC